AUGGGCAGGCCAACAAGGGCGACGAGGUCACGACGGCGUCAUACUGGCACUAUCAGCUGGGUCAAAACGACGUUGCUAUUUGUAUGCGCCACGACAGCAACGGCUUACCAGGUUCCCAGUCCCGACCAACAGCCCCUUGUCGUGGACAGCAAUGGCGCUGCAUUUCAUAGCGAGACCAACCUUGCCUCCAUCUCCGGCGCACCCAAGGCUGCCACUGUUUCCAGUCCGUUUAACGAUGCCUUUCGUGCGCUCGUCGCCGACACUCUGGCAGCGUGGCACGUGCCGGGCGUCGCCAUCGCGGUGGUAGACGGCGACCUCACGUGGUCUGAGGGUUUCGGGACAGCCGUAUAUCCAGACAAGGCCGUGACGCCCGACACGCUGUUCUACACGGCCAGCACGACGAAGGCGUUCGUAGCGGCCGCACUGGCGCUCAUGGUCGACAGCGGCAACUAUUCCGUCGGGGACGGACAGCAGAAGCUCGACUGGACGACGCCACUGUCCACAAUCUUGCCAGACGACUUUGUUGUCGGCAGCGAGUAUGCGGGUCGCGGCCGCGACACGACGACCGACCGCGACCAUGCCUGGGCCACGGCUCGUCUGACGGUCGAAGACGCCCUGGCACACCGCACAGGCCUCGCGGGACAUGACCCGUCCCGGUCGCGGCGUUAUGGUCUGGCUCCCGACAGCGCCGGCCGCAACGCAGCGGUGCUCGAUGUCACGCGAAGUCUGCGAUACUUGCCGCUGCACACGUCACCGCGGACCGAGUGGCGGUACUGCAACCUGAUGUACCUGGUGCUGUCGCACGCGGUGGAGACGCUGGCGGGCGGCCAGUGGCUGGGAGACAUUCUGCACGACUGGUUGUGGCAGCCAUUGGGCAUGUCGUCGACGUUUUUAAGCUUGGACGACGCGCGGGCGGCGCCCUGUGAAAAUGUGCUCGCACAGGGAUAUUACUAUGACACUGACAAGGACGAGUACGUGGGUGUCCCGCAUAUGCCGCUGGAGGAGGUGAGCGGCGCGGGCGGCAUCAUCUCGUCGGUCAACGACUACGCGCGGUGGUUGCGGUGCUGGAUCGACGGGCCGGCGUUUUCGAGCAAAGGGAGCAACAGCAGCACGGCAGAUGUCUGUGGGGGCAUUCCGUUCCGGCGGUCUAGUCUCGACGCCGUGUUGGCACCAAAGAUGUUCCUCGGAAAGAGCGCAGCCUCGCCGGCGCCAUUUGAUGCUCCCUUGGCGUAUGCCAGUGCCUGGACAACAAGUUCCUACAAAGGACAUCGGUUCUGGGGGCACUCGGGCGGCAGCAAUGCAUUUGGCGCCGAGGUGUACUUCUUCCCGGACGACCGCUUCGGCGUUGUGCUCUUUGGCAACACGGCCACCACGUCCAACAUGGCCGAGCUGAUCCUGCUCUGGCACCUGGCAAGUGAGCGCUUUGGCAUCCCGGCGGACGAGCGCUAUGAUUGGGAUGGUCAGUUCCGUCGAUCGGUGAAAGCACGCGUCGCGCGCAUCGAUGGUGCGCUGGACCGUCUCUACCCGGAUCGAGCAGAGCCGCCUUUACAACCGUCGCUGCCUCUAGUCGACUAUACAGGCACCUACCACCAUCCCGCUUACCAGAACAUGACAAUCGAGUUGGCGGGCAAGGAGGGCGGGCACAAAAUAAACAGCAGAAACAACUACGAGGUGGCGUUCAUAGCCGAGCGCCACGACUACACGUGGCCGAAACUGUGCGAAUUUGUGCACGUCUCAGGCGAGCAUUGGCUUCUGUACACAGAUAUGUUGUACGAGCACAGCGGCAACUUCAAGAGCUACGGGCGCGCUUGGUUCGAGGUUGGCGCCGGUGGGCGGGCGCAUACGCUCGUGGUCGAGUUCUGGAACGCCGACGACGACACCAUCGAGGGUGUCAUUCCGUUUUCGAGGGUGGACGACGGCGAGACUUGA